GUGACAACGUACGUCAUGACGCAUUCAAAGAGGAAACAUGGCGCUCGCUUCCAGCUGUCGUCUUUUCAUGGCUCUUGGUAUGAAACGGUUGAUAAGGCAGGGAGUGAGGACAGUCUGCGUGUCAGGUUUAUCUGAAACGCACCAGCAGCACCAGCAGCACCAGCAGCUGUCGGUCACAUCGCCUCUGCGCGACUCCAGGCGAAGAAGGUCAUUUAAAUUACACAGAAAUGCGCCAUAUUGUAAUGAGGAAGGUGGGAGUGAGCACACUGGCUACUCUUUUGCAGUGUGGAGUGCAAUGGCGUUCUCCCUGUUUGGCAGUAAAGAUGAAAGAACAGAGGCCCAGAAGAUGGAGGAUGAGAUUAUUCUCCUGUUAAAGAAAGCAAAGUACAGCAUGAUGCUCGGGGAGCUGGAUGCAGCGAACGGCUUUUUACAUAAAGCAAUUCGUCUCGCCCAUCAGAGUCACAACAACAACGCCAUCAUCUACACCUACAGCCUGAUGGCCAACUUGGCCUUUGUUCAAGGUGAGCUGGACAAUGCUGAGAAACUGUUCAAAGCUGCAAUGAGUUUCAUGCUGUCUGGAGGAACACCACAGGAUGACAACGCAGUCAUUGAAAUGUCCCUGAAGUUGGCCAGCAUCUAUGCCACUCAAAACAAGAAUGAGCUGGCAGAGCAUGGCUUUCAGUUCUGCACUGACUCACUGGAGGCCAAGAUCGAGAAGCAGAAGGAUCUUCCACCAGAUGCUGUAUCAGCAGAAGAGGAAAGGAAGGACACGCGGCUGCUGCUUGGCCUCAGUCUGGAUGCUCGGGCUCGAUACCUGGCGUCCUCCCGGCGCCUGACAGGAGCAUGCAGGGAUUACCACCAAGCUCUGCAGAUCUGCCAGGAGGAGCAAGGAGAAGCCCAUCCUCAGACGCUGACCUUGAUGAGUGACCUGGCCACAGUGUUGGACCUACAGGGGAAGCACGAUGAGGCGUUAGCUCAGGUCAGGAAGGCUGUAGAACUGGGCCAGACAGCCGGCCACCCCGACCAACACGUGCUGCUGGGAAACAUGGCAGGCAUUUUAAUGCACAAAGGUGAGUUCGAGGAGUCUGUUAAGCUGUACGAGGAGGCUUUGGCCCUGGCACAGGCGGCCGGAGACGCUGAGGCUGUUCAGCAGUUUGAGGAGGGACUGAAGGAGCUGAGCAGGAGGAGAGAGGAAAAAAAGCAGAGUACGAAUGAGGUGACAUCAGCUGAGCAGUGACUACACACUAAACACUCCUACUCUGGAAGUAUGAACUCCUUAAAUGGAAUUAUUGAACUGAACUGAGGAAGCACUAGACUGGGUGUGUGAUCGUUGAUCAUCAUCAUCAUCAUCAUCAUCAUCCUGAUCAUCCUCCUCCUAAGGCCAAGCACAUAGCAUACUUAAUUUCCCACUGGAUUCUUAUUAGUGAUUAGGCUAAGCUCUGUGGUGUUAAAUUAAGAAUGAAGAUGUACGUACGUGUUGUUUGUUUACAGUUCCUCUGGAAAAUCCAAAUCGGGAAAGACAGUGACUCAGGAAGUGCUGAUGGAGAGAAUGUGAUAACAUGUCAUAUCUGGAAAAUGCAUCACUGAUGUCUAUAAACUCUACUAAUGCCUCUCUUGAUCUUCCCAAGUUUGACAUGACAAAUGAUAUAUGAUAAGAUGUGUAUGUUUUUGUCUUAAUUAAGAUAUCUAUUCUUGUGCAGUAGUUAGUGAGGGUGCUGUACAGACUGAAGAACUCUCUUGUAAGAGAUAAUUGACAGCGGUUACAAACAUUAAAAUCUAUUUGACUUUG